ACGACGUUAUCGAAGUCCCAACCAGACUGAACUGAUCAAGCUGUUGAAACAUGUGGUUCAGCUGUCUUUGUAUAAUUUGAUACUACACUGUAUAGAUUUCAUCUAAAACAAAGUGUUUUAUUGCAUUUUGUUAAUUAGGAUUUAGAAAAUUUUCUGAAUGGCGGCGGUCACACAAGGGCUUGGAGCUACAGCGGCUCUUUCAUCAGCCAAUUCCGAGAAAUUUCAGCUCACUACUCGCAGAUCGCUCUCAGGGAGGAAAAGAAGAUUCUUUAUUUUUGAAUCCAAUGGAAAUCCGAGAUCCGGUUUGAAUCGGCAAAUCAACAGAACCAGACAAUUUUUUACUAAUGCAGUAGCAACAAAGCCAGAUAGUGCAGCAGCUUCAACUCUAUCCAAGCAUGGGCAUGAGCUUUUGCUUUUUGAAGCUCUCCGUGAAGGCCUUGAAGAAGAAAUGGACAGAGAUCCUUACGUCUGUGUUAUGGGUGAAGAUGUGGGUCAUUAUGGAGGUUCAUACAAGGUGACCAAAGGGUUGGCAGAUAAGUACGGUGAUCUCAGGGUUCUUGACACUCCCAUUGCUGAAAACUCCUUCACCGGCAUGGCCAUUGGAGCUGCCAUGACUGGCUUGCGUCCCGUUGUUGAGGGAAUGAACAUGGGAUUUCUCCUUCUGGCUUUUAACCAAAUCUCGAACAACUGUGGUAUGCUCCACUACACAUCUGGUGGUCAGUUUAAGAUACCAGUUGUCAUCCGUGGGCCUGGUGGAGUGGGACGACAGCUUGGAGCAGAGCACUCACAACGCCUUGAGUCUUAUUUCCAGUCAAUACCCGGAAUUCAGAUGGUGGCAUGCUCAACCCCAUACAAUGCUAAAGGUUUGAUGAAGGCAGCUAUCAGAAGCGAGAAUCCCGUGAUUCUUUUUGAGCACGUUUUGCUUUACAACCUCAAAGAGAGGAUUCCAGAUGAAGAGUACGUAUUGAAUCUUGAGGAAGCUGAGAUGGUUAGGCCAGGUGAGCACAUCACUAUUUUAACUUACUCCAGAAUGAGGUACCACGUGAUGCAGGCUGCGAAAACUUUGGUCAACAAAGGAUAUGAUCCUGAAGUCAUUGAUAUCAGAUCAUUGAAGCCAUUUGAUCUUUACACCAUUGGGAAUUCUGUGAAGAAAACUCAUCGUGUGGUAAUUGUAGAGGAGUGCAUGCGCACAGGUGGAAUUGGUGCCAGCUUGACGGCUUCGAUUAAUGAAAAUUUCCAUGAUUAUUUGGAUGCCCCAAUUGUAUGUUUGUCUUCACAGGACGUGCCAACUCCAUAUGCUGCAUCACUGGAGGAAUGGACUGUCGUCCAGCCUGCACAAAUUGUAGCUGCGGUUGAACAGCUUUGCCAAUAGUUGGAUUGACAAGUAUGGUGAAGACAGGACAGACUGAUUUUCCAGCAUGUACUAUCGUGAUUCAUGGCCUAUUUUGACGUUACUAUCUACUGUCAAAUUUUUGUUACAAAGUUUAGGUCUCUUGACUUGCACGUAUUAGUUGAGUUGAGAAUUAUUGUUUCUAUGUUGUUUUACUUGACCGUGACAGAAGCUGUGAUUUUGUUCUUCAACCAAAUUUACUUUCGCAUCUGUUGUAACUGAGAACUCUUAUCUUGAUCAUAUUUAAAUAAAGUUUUCUUGUUCAAAUGGA